AUGGGCGCUCCACAGGAAAAGAAGGAGGUGGAACUGGCCCCUGAUCGCUUCAGCUUCUAUUCUUCCACGACAAAGGAAUCAACCACGUCUUCCACCUGGCAUGAUCUUUUCCCAGGUGGCACCAGUGACCAACUUCUUCUGGAAAAGUUCAAAACUCGACCGGAUCCCAGCCAUCCGAUCUGGUGGAUCGAUAUCCGCGACGCCACGGAGGAAGAUGUCGAUGCCGUCGCCCAGGCUCUGUCCAUUCACCCCCUGACCGCGGAGGAUAUUGCGAUCCGUGAGCCGCGGGAGAAAGUCGACGUGUUCAAGAACUACUACCUCAUCUCCUUCCAGACCCUUGUGGCUAACAAGGUCAAAGAGGAACGUCCGGGUAUUCCUGUGUCGGCCGCGCUGUACAUGCUUGUCUUCCAGUACGGCGUCGUGACCUUCUCGCCCAGUGGCUGCGGACACGUCGGUCGGGCCAGAGAUCGGAUUCGCAAAAUGCACGAUCCCUCUAUCUUGACCAGCGACUGGGUUUGUUAUGCAAUGAUUGACGACAUCAUUGAUAGCUUCGAGCCCUUUACCCGUGACGCAGAAAGAGAGUCCGAAGCCAUCGAGGAUCAGGUCUUCAUUGCCCGCAUCGACGAUGCCCAGGAGUUGAUCCCUCAAGUUGACGUUCUCCGCAAGAGAAUCACGCAUAUCAUUCGCUGUCUUCACGGAAAGGUUGACGUGCUGAAUGGAUUCGUCAAGCGAUGUCAAUCAACGGAUAAACAUUCUGUCUUCCCCGGCGGCGACCUUCUUAUGUACCUUGGUGAUGUCCAGGAUCAUCUUGUCACGACUCUGUCGACACUAAGCCACAUUGAUGAGAUCAUCGGUCGGUCUCAGGCGAAUUGCCUGGCUCAGCUGAGCGCUACCAACUUGAGAUUGAGUUUGACAAUUAACUCCGGUCUGAGUAAGGUGACGCUGUUGGCAACAAUCUUUGUACCAUGCCAUCUUGUCACGGGAAUGUGGGGAAUGAACGUCCCUGUUCCUGGACAGGAUGCUCAUGGGUUAGGUUGGUUCUUUGGUAUUGUAGGUGUUUUCGCUGCCUUCAUGGUUAUUUGCAUCGCGGCAGCGACAAAGUACAAGUUGCUGUGA